CCAUCUCCACCUCCAGGGGUGCCGCCCGGUCCGAGCUCCAAGCCACCACCCAACUAUUUAAACCCGCCCUCCAUGUCACCCUAACCAACCAAAUCCGAGAGACACAGCAUCGAUGGCCCUGUUCAACGAGGGAUGCGGCGAGCCGGCGGCGAAAGGUUUCACCGAAGAGCAGGAGGCCCUUGUGCUCGCAUCCUGGAAAGCCAUGAAGAAAGAUGCCGCCGCCCACGGGCUCAAGUUCUUCCUCAGAAUCUUUGAGAUCGCGCCCUCAGCAACUCGGCUCUUCUCUUUCCUGCGCGACUCCGAUGCGCCCCUCGAAAGCAACCCCAAGCUCAAAACCCAUGCCAUGUCCGUCUUUGUCAUGACUUGCGAGUCGGCAGCACAACUGCGGAAAGCGGGUAAGGUUACAGUGAGGGAGACGACUCUAAAGAAGCUGGGUGCGAGCCAUUUCAAGUCUGGUGUGCUCGAUGAACACUUUGAGGUGACCAGGUUUGCGCUUCUGGACACGAUAAAGGAGGCAGUCCCGGGCAUGUGGAGCCCCGAGAUGAAGAACGCUUGGGCGGAAGCUUACGACCAGCUGGUUGCGGCUAUUAAGCAAGAGAUGAAGCCUCUUCCCUCAGCAUAGAGCUGUUGUUUUCCUUAGAUAGGAAAGGUUGUAUUACGGUCUGGUAAUAAGAAGAAGGCAUGGAAUGUUAUUCCCUUGAUUGCAUGCUAUCCUAGCUAGAAGACUUGCUCAUAAUCACAGUAUUAAUUAUCCAUUCCAACGGUGCCCAAGUGUUUCUGUAAAUUUUUAAAAUAUCACUCAUUCAUAAUGAAAAAUAUUCUACAGACAUAAA